UUAUCAGAAACAAUAAUUACUUAGUUACAAUAAGAAUAAGGCACAUAGAAGAAAUCGAUUACAGAUGGAUUCUCAAAAUUUGGACGUAAGUUAUGAACCAAUGGACAUGGAUUUGAGCUCCAAUUCCAUCAAGAAUAUGGACGAUACACAUUGUGAACUUGAAGAACGAAAAACGGUUUCACGAUCGUCUUCUCCUAUAAUCUUUAUUACAAAUUUGAUUAAACAAGAACCUAUUAUAGAAAAAAAUAUCACUCCAGUUUCUGGCAGUCAAGCAAAAGGCUUCCAAAAUGUUAAGAAGUACCAUAUCAUAAUGCAGCCUAAAAAAACAGUAGCAUCGUGCCUUUUGGUAAAACUCUCAGUGUUAUUUGUACUCUUCGCAUGUGCGUUUGUUUAUCAAGUGAAUACGUUCACAUGUUGUGAAGGAUUAGAUGUAACUAAAAUGAAAGACACACUUAGUAGAAAAUUGUACGGGCAAAAGAGGGCUAUUGAGUUACUAUCUAGAGCAUUGGAUGUUCAAGCAAGUACCAAGAUAUUAUUUCUAUAUGGUGGCACAGGAGUUGGAAAGACAUAUGCUACCACUCUAAUGUUUGAGGAAGUGUGGAAUUUGACAAAUGUUUAUCACUACUUAAUGCCUAGUUUCAUGGAGAUAUUUCCAGAGGAUUUGUUAUUGGGUAUGUCCUUUUGCGAGUCCUCCAUAGUGAUUGUUGAUGACUUAUCACGGAAUGACUUCCAUAUCAAGGACCACAUUAAAAAUGUGAUUGAAAAGAGUGAAUAUUUGAAGAAGAAUAUAACAGUUAUUCUGAUCUACAAUUACGAUAACAUUGAAAAGAAUUUUAUGAAAUAUUCAAACGCAGCUUUCUUUGACUUUGAGCUGAGAGAGGCUUUUAGUGACCUAGAUGCUUAUAAAGAAUUUAUUAAAUUUGAGCCACUUACUGCGGAGCAUUUGAAAUUAUGCAUAAAGGAUGAAUUGGGUUAUAACAAUGUGGCCAAUAUGGAGCAGAUAGUGAAGAAUUUUAAUGUUACCCUGGACGGCUGUAAAGGUGUUCACACUAAAAUGAAACUUUUUAAUGUUUUGUGAUAUUAGGUAUGUUUUAAUUUUGAUUUUAAUUUGUAGCUAGAGGCUUGUA